GAGGGCCUGCGGCUCUCGCUGCCGAGUGGCGGUGGGUCGUCAUCGGGGGUGGAAAUGGAGCCGGAGCCGGAGGCGUUGUUGCAGGAAGCGCACGAGAGCAUCGAGGCGGCGCGUACCUACAGCCGGGAGCUGCAGCAACGCCUCAAAGGACUGCACCUGGCUCGCCAGCAGAUCAAAAACAGUGCUGCACAAACCCGGGAAGUGCUGGAACAACAUUUCAGUGACUUAAAAGGGACCUUGAAAAAGUUGCUGGAUGAAAGAUUGGCCUCCUUGCUCCAGGAAGUAGACAACAUAGAACAGGAAAGCAUCAAGCCCUUGGAUGAGUGCCAGAAGCUCAUAGAACAAGGAGUUGGGACAGCCAAUGAACUUGUCCAGGAAGGUGAAAAUGCCAUUUGUGGAAUUACAAGGGACAACAGUGACAAGCUCUGCAGUUUUGCAAAAAAGGCUUUGCAUAUUCAGCUGGACAGUUUACCUGAAGUGCCAUCGCUGGUUGAUGUGGCUAGCUUGUCUGCUCAGUGGGAUGACUCCUUUUUUACAAUUAUGAAAAGCUACAUCUUCAGCCACGGAACAGUAGCAUCUCGACCGCCGAUACAAAUAGAAGAACUGAUCGAGAAACCUGGAGGUAUCUUAGUACGGUGGUGCAAGGUUGAGGAGGACUUCAUCCCGCAAGACUACAGGCUUCAGUAUCGCAAGAGUACCACUUGCCAUUUUGAAGAUGUCUACGUUGGUUCUGACACAGAAUUCAUGGUGUUGCACAUCGAUCCCAACGUCGAUUAUCAGUUCAAGGUUUGUGCGCGGGGAGACGGCCGUCAGGAAUGGAGCCCAUGGAGUGUUUCUCAGACCGGGUGUUCCACAUUGGUGCCUCAUGAAUGGACUCCAGGCAUGGAGGGCUACAGCUUGAGCAGCCGAAGGAACAUAGCCCUUCGAAACGAUUCGCAAACGGGUGGUGUGCUGUAUUCCAAGGCUCCAACUUAUUGUUGUGGUCAGACACUGACAUUCCGAAUUGAAACAGUUGGCCAGCCGGACAAGAAAGAUAGUAUUGGAGUUUGUGUUGAGAAGCUGAAUGGCUAUGAUUCUUUGCAACGGGAUAGAGCUGUAUGCAUUAGUACCAAUGGAGCUGUUUUUGUCAAUGGAAAAGAGAUGACCAACCAGUUGCCUGCAGUGACUUCAGGAUCAGCUGUAACCUUCGACAUGGAAACUGUGAAUUUAGGCCCUUGCAAUAAUAAUAAUGGGGGGAGCUUCAAACUCAGAGUGACGAUUAGUUCCAACAACAGGGAAGUGGUCUUUGACUGGGUACUUGAUGAAUGCUGUGGCUCUUUGUAUUUUGGAUGCUCCUUCUCCUAUCCCGGCUGGAAAGUUUUGGUGUUCUAACUCUUAGACUGGGUAGUACUUGUCUUUCGGUGGCAUCAUUCAAAGGGUUUGGACUCCAAUGACACAAUUAUUUGCUCCUUCAGGCUGUUCAAUCUGUGUGUCUUUGGUAUAUUGCUCUUGGUUCAAGUGAUCUGCUUGAUGCCACUUUUCUGUAAGAUAAACAUUACUUGAACUCUGUCUUCUCUACUGGAUUCACCUGAAAUAUUGGUGGAAUGCUGAGUAACCUGGAAAAGUUAUGUAAGUUGUUGUGUUUGCUAUCGACAUCAUGCAUUUUGAGUAUUAUUAUUAUUAUUUUUUAGAACAGCUCUCUCUGUUUGGAUGUUCUCCAGAGGGUCUGGACAUGAUCUUCCACAAUCCCUAGUUGAGGACUUAAUGAAAGGGGGAUUAUAGGAGUUGUAGUCCACCUCUGGAGAUCUUCAAGAGAGAGAGCCUGGUUUUGGAAUAAAAAGUAGAAAUGAUUCUGUUACUUUGGUCCUGCUAUCAAUGCUUGGUUAUGCGUUACUAAAGUUUGCCUAGUGUUAUUCUUUGGCUCAGGGUUAAAGGACCAAAAUUGUACGCAUGUUUUCCUCUUCAUCAGAGUUCGGUACUGAAAUGCUGUACCUCAACCUGCCAAAAGCUUUCUGUCCGCUGGGCAAUAAGGCUUUUUGGCCUCUAUGUUAUCCUUUUCCUUCAGUGCCUUGCUAUAUUUUGCAGAAGAAAUCUGAGCCGAAACGCUUGUUUUGGUGAGCCUAUGAUACCGACGUGCCUUAGUUUGGUGCUUCUGUUGAACAAUAUUGCAGAUGUGAAAUAGAAAAUUUCAUUCAUGGCAUUUGUCACUUAAGCCAGGGGUCUCCAAUCUUGGCAACUUUAACACUUGUG